GCUCAGAGAUUAGGAGGCUUGUCUGCACCGCCAACAGCAAAGAUUGCUCACAAAUCUCAACUUGCCAAAGAAGAAGGAUCGUUCUUUUUUUCCCCUCCCGCCUGUCACAGAUGUGACCUUAUGGCAAAACAAGCAGCUUUUCUUUUUGGGCACCAAAGAUGGGAAGAAAAGUGUGGAGAAAAAGGAGCCAUCAUGGGAAUGUCUGUGUGAGUAAAGGAGCCAGAGGAUGCAGGUGGCAGCAAGGCUUUGCUCCGACUUGUUUGAAGUCUUUUUUCCUCUGUGACAGAGGUGAAGGAUUAUGGCUGGCAUAGGAAUUUAGGCUUCACAUGAAGGACUUCAUCGCCGACUCUCAUCUCCUGAACGGACCUGGCCUGUUUCAUUUGCUCGUUUUCUUGAAUCAUGUAAAAAAAUCUGUUUAGUGGGGUGUUAUGCUUUUCCUUAGCAGAGGGACUGAGGUCGUGACCCCAAAGUGUGCAGGGGGUGGCCAGAAGCACCAGGGAAACGCAGUUCAUGACAUCUCUGGCCUUCUGAAACAAACUCAGAGAGAUGCCUCUUUGUCAGAGCCAAAAAUGGGUCACGUCACUUGCAACCUUGUGGAAAACUGCCAACUCAGAAAGGAGGUCAUGAAUUUGGUGCCGAUGGAGAACAGCCCCAGGCUGGGCAGGGCACGACAUGAGCUCAGCAGGUGGCCCUCCCUGAGUGGGGCAGAGAGGCAACGAGAAGAGGCCGUUGUGGAAAGAGCUGAGGAGGAGUUAAAAAUGAAGACGGACAGGUUUGUGAACCAACCCUCCAAGAAUUCAGGAAACUCUGCACAGCACAACAGAGAUGUGGCGGAGGUAACAGCUCACGCUAAAACCCAGGAAAGACUCAUUCAGAGUUCAGAGCCAUGCUCUGUCAUCAUCCUCGCCAGGAGGCUCGUCCUCACCGGUCACGCUGGUGACCUCAGGUCCCAGAGUCCGCAUCAGGAUGAAGCCACGUUUGGAAGGAGGGCGAUGAGCAUGUAUGGUGGUCCUGCAGAGGUAAGAGAUCCUACACCUGAACCAGAAGGACGGCCGCGGAGGCCCAGGAGUGUCUGCAUGCUGACGGGCUCAAAACCUGCUCCAUCUGAAGCGCCACCCCAGGAAGGCUUCAAAAGGCCGAGCAUCUGUGACAACAACCACAGGAGCAGGAAGGCCGAGUUGAUGGCUGUGGAUGGCCUCAAUCCAAUCCUCGCUCUGCAGUCAUUAGAUCCUGCUAAGGUGACCCUUCGGGCCCGUCAUAGAACCUGGAAGCCCAGGCCCUUAAGUAUGACCGUUCUGGAGGUUAGAAAGAAGGGCUCUGAUGAUGAGCUUGACAGCCAGAGGAUGCUCAGACAGGCAGGUGGUGAUGGAGGCGGAUUUCUCAAAGGAGCCUUUCGUUGGAGGUUGUUUGGCCAUAAUUCUGAUGACAGGAACAAGGACAAGGAGACGGACAAAGGGGUGGACUCUGCUCCGAAAACUCCCAAACCUGACGCCUCCAGAAGCACCCUGUCCACUUUGAGACGGAGCUUCAGCCUAAGGAUCAGGAAGACUAGAACCCACGACAAAAGUACUGUAGGGUCUGACGGGGAUCACUGUCAAGGAAAAAGUUGUGCCCAAGAGGCCUCUCCACGGCCUUUCUCCUACCUCACAGGGAGAGCGCUCCCAGCUUCCAGGGAGGAACUAAAAGAUGGGAGCGUGCAGUACAUUCAGUACCAGAACAAGGGGAAAGUUAAGGUGAUGGAAGUACCCCUAUGUCCAUCCAAACUGUCUUCCAGACAAUUUCAAAAAGAGCCAAGUCUACUGCAGCUCAUAGUCAACCGUUUUCGGAGGAAAGAGCCGCCUUUCAAAAGUGAAUCCCAGCCGAUGCAGGACAAAGACAGUGGCCGUUGUUCCCAGCCAGAGAUUAAUGAGUCACAGCCCAUCACUGUUGAGACUCUGGCAGACAAUGACUCCCACAAAGGUCAAGACUCUUUCGUCAACAGUCAGGAAUGGACGUUGAGUCGAUCCGUUCCAGAGCUGAAAGUGGGCAUUGUGGGAAAUCUGUCCAGUGGGAAGUCUGCCUUAGUGCAUCGAUACUUGACAGGAACAUAUGUGCAGGAGGAGUCUCCUGAAGGUGGGCGUUUCAAGAAAGAAAUUGUGGUCGAUGGACAGAGCUACCUACUGCUAAUCAGAGAUGAAGGCGGGCCUCCAGAGUUGCAGUUUGCAGCCUGGGUGGACGCGGUGGUCUUUGUUUUUAGCCUGGAGGAUGAGAUAAGCUUUCAGACGGUCUACAACUACUUCCUGCGCCUGUCCAGCUACAGAAACACCGCUGAGGUGCCCAUGGUCCUGGUGGGAACACAAGAUGCGAUCAGUGCCGCCAACCCCAGAGUGAUUGACGACUCGCGGGCCAGAAAGCUGUCGAACGACCUGAAGCGCUGCACGUACUACGAGACCUGCUCCACCUACGGCCUGAACGUGGAGAGAGUCUUCCAGGAUGUUGCCCAGAAGGUUGUGGCCAUGAGGAAAAAGCAGCAGCUUUCUAUUGGUCCGUGCAAGUCCCUCCCCAACUCUCCCAGCCACUCGUCCGUCCCCGCUGCAUCCAUCCCCUCCGUUCACAUUAACCAGGCGGCCAACGGUGGGGGCGCGUUCAGCGACUACUCCUCCUCCGUUCCCUCCACCCCCAGCAUAAGUCAGCGGGAGAUGCGCAUCGAGACCAUCGCCGCCUCCAACACGCCCACGCCCAUCCGCAAGCAGUCCAAGCGCCGCUCCAACAUUUUCACAUCACGGAAAGCCAGUGAACAGACAAAGAGCGUUGACAGUAAAACAGACAGCAUAGGCAGUGGGAGGGCCAUACCUAUCAAACAGGGAAUCCUUCUGAAGCGAAGUGGCAAAUCCCUCAACAAGGAGUGGAAGAAGAAGUACGUCACACUGUGCAGUAAUGGCCUCCUCACUUACCACCCCAGUUUACAUGACUACAUGCAGAACGUUCACGGAAAAGAGAUCGACUUGCUCAGAACGACCGUCAAGGUACCUGGAAAACGACCCCCCCGAGCGGUGGCCACCGUGGCUCCCACCACAAGCCCCAAGACCAACGGACUGACCAAGGACCGCAGCGCCCUGCAGCUGGGCAUCGGGAGCGCAGGUGCUUCACACUCCAACAGCAGCAGCUCCCUGCAGACGGGCGGCUCGGCGUCGAGCGGCAGCAAGGACGGCAUGCACCAGCGCUCCUUCUCCGUGUCCAGCGCUGACCAGUGGAACGAAGCCAUCAACACCAGUACGAGCAGCGGCGCCACCAAUGGGACGAGCGAUCCAACCGGUUCCAGUGUGGGCAGUGCAACGAGUCCCAAACUUGAGCCCCCACCUUCGCCGCACGCCAACCGGAAGAAACACCGGCGGAAAAAGAGCACGGGCAUCACAAAGCCGGACGGCGUAUCUUCAGGCUACGAAGAACAAGAAGACUCCUUCGAGUUCGUCAUCGUCUCUCUGACGGGUCAGACGUGGAACUUUGAGGCGUCGACGUACGAGGAGCGGGAGCUGUGGGUCCAGCUGAUCGAGAGUCAGAUCUUUGCCAGUCUGCAGUCCUGUGAGGUCAUCAAGAACAAGUCUCGGUUAGGAAGCCAAAGUGAUGCAGUGGCCAUACAGUCCAUAAGGAACGUGAGGGGGAACAGCUUCUGUGUGGACUGUGAUGCACCCAAUCCUGACUGGGCCAGUUUGAAUCUGGGCGCCCUGAUGUGCAUCGAGUGCUCCGGCAUCCACCGGAACCUGGGCACUCACCUGUCCCGCGUGCGCUCCCUGGACCUGGACAGCUGGCCGGUGGAGCUCAGCAUGGUGAUGACCGCCAUCGGGAACGCCAUGGCCAACAGCGUGUGGGAGGGGGCUCUGGAGGGAUACACCAAGCCAGGGAGCGACAGCACCAGGGAGGAGAAGGAGCGGUGGAUCAGAGCCAAGUACGAGCAGAAGCUGUUCCUGGUGGGGCUGCCCCAGUCAGACGUUCCUCUGGGGCAGCAGCUGCUCCGGGCGGUGGUGGAGGAUGACCUGAGGUUGGUGGUGCUGCUGCUGGCCCACGGCACCAAGGAAGAGGUUAAUGAGACCUACGGGGAUGGAGACGGGCGCACCGCACUUCACCUCUCGUGCGCCAUGGCCAAUGUGGUCAUCACACAGCUGCUCAUCUGGUACGGUGUGGACGUGAAGAGCAGGGAUGCUCGUGGUCAGACGCCUCUGUCGUACGCCCGCCGCGCCGGAAGCCAGGAGUGCGCCGACAUCCUCCUUCAACACGGCUGUCCCAACGACUCCAGCAACCUGACGCCCAACAUGAGCCGCCGCAACCCCAACAUCAACAACAACAACGCCCAGUGUGAGCUGAACCGCAGCAUCAGCAUCAUGUAGACGCCAGAACGCCAACGCCGUCUCAUCCCUUCACUGUGUUUCAGUAGAGAAUCGCCACACGUGAUGAAUUAAGCUGCAAUAUUAUGUACAUUUAAGGUUUGGAUUUUGAUUUGUCUUCAUUUUGAUGGGUGGAUUGAUUGGUCUGAAGCGAUCAGCGUUUUCGUAUCCUCAGCGUCAACCAAACAAACGACUCACUCCGGCGUUCAUAACUACCACCAAAAAGCAUUUCCUUAAUGCUGGAACAUUUCCGCUGAUGUCUUCCCCUCUGCGACGCGACCCGAGUGCAUAAUGAGAGAGAAACUUUCCCGGCUUAAACUGUAAAGAAUAGCAGCAGAAGUGACAGAACAGAGAUGUGAGGAGAAGCCCAUUCCUCAUGAUAACAGUGGUGGUUUCAGCUCUCGUAAUGAUGCAUGUUUUCAACCAGCUAUCAACCUUUUGACAUGCUAUUCAUAUACAAAGGCAAAGCAAUUAUGGUUAAAGAGGCCAAAUGAUUUAGAUACUCAAUUCACAGGGAAAUGGAUUUGGAUCGUCAUAAAGGAGCUGAUUGCAAAAUUCCUUUUGGGUGAAAGAGAAUCAUUUCCUUUGGCACUUUCUUUCUUUCUUUCUUUCUUUUUUUUUCCACAAUCCUUCAGUAAAAGUGUCCACGACGGUGAAGGAAUUAAGGGGCACGACGGCGUAUGGCCAUUAGGCCACAUAGUUUUGUAAGCGUGCCUCUUCAAUCAGAUCUCAUUCGAAUACAAAGAAUUGAUUGAAACCCUGAAAUUCUGCCAUUACGACGCCUUUGUUGGAAUCAUUUUCAGAUUGUGUUGAUAAUUGUUUGACACAAAUUUCCGAAUCUUCAAAAUAUGCAUUCAGCCUGAGAGAUGUGAAGCUCUAGAGAUCAUAUCUUCCGUUUGUUGCUGUGAAAUACAUCCGUACCUGUACAGAACAUUUACUCUGUGGAUGAAGGACAGCGGUUGAAGACUGCAGUGACGCUUUUGGAGCAUUUUUGUGUUUAAUUGUACAGAUUUAUGUAAAAAAAAGUUGUUUUUUUGCCUUAUUUCUUAUUGGAACAUUUGACUUUCUAAAGACCGUCCAGUCCUGAAAAGCUAUCAGCCUAAGAGUGUGUUACGAGAUUUAUGACUGACAAUAUAAGGGAUUAAAAAGUACAUAUAUAUGAUGUUCUACA